AUGGGGAGGGGAGGCGUGGCAAGGCGACCAAUCAGGGAGAGGGCGGUUGUUGAGCUUCCGUUUGAAUACGGAGCGGCGGCCGGUGUGGAGAGCGGAGGGCAGGGGUGGGUGCGCAAGACCCUGCCCAGCUCCCAGACCCCCCCCCCCCCUUCAGCCGCUGCCCCCGCGCUGAGCCGUUGCCCUCCCCCAGUGUGCGAGCUCCGUUGUGAGACGUUGGAGCUCGGAGCGGAGCCGUCCCAGCAGCCCGGUGCCUGUCCCUGCUGCCACCAUGGGGCCGUGCCCCCGCCCGAGGAGGGCCCCGUGACUGUCGUGGUGCGUGUGCGGCCCCUGGCCCGCAGCGAGCGGGUCCUGCCCCCGGUCGUGCACGUCGUUAACGAGCACGGCAUCGUCCUCAGCCCCGCGGAGCCCGGGGCUGCCCCCGGCAGCGCGCUGCCCGCGCGGGGGCCCAAGGGCAAGGACCUGGAGUUUGUCUUUGACCGGGUCUUUGGGGAAGAGGCCACGCAGGAGGAGGUGUUCCAGCACAGCACCUCCGAGCUGCUCGACAGCGUCCUCGAGGGCUACAACUGCUCCGUGUUUGCCUAUGGCGCGACCGGAGCAGGGAAAACCUACACCAUGCUGGGCUCGGAGCACAGCCCUGGCAUCAUGUACUUGACUAUGGUGGAGCUGUACCAGAGGAUGGAGGCCAGAAGGCAGGAGAAGAGCUGUGAGGUCCUAGUCUCCUACCAGGAGGUGUACAACGAGCAGAUCUAUGACCUGCUGGAGCCCAAGGGACCUCUAGCUAUUCGGGAGGAUCCUGAGCGAGGAGCUGUGGUCCAGGGCCUCUCAUUCCACCAGCCUGCGUCAGCAGAGCAGCUCCUGGAGAUGUUGGCCAACGGCAACAGGAAUCGCACGCAGCAUCCCACUGACGCCAACGCUGUCUCCUCCCGCUCGCAUGCCAUCUUCCAG